AUGGCUCUACGCGUCGGACAAAUUCUCAAAGGAGCGAGAGGAGUGUAUGAGUUGCUGUAUCCGAUGAAGGGCUCGACUGUCUUCAAGGCUAAAGUGCUAUCCAGCUCUUCACUACAUGCAGACUGGGCUGUUGUAAAGACCGCAAACACCGAUCUGGAGAAAAUGUGCCUCAAACGCGAGCACCGCAAUUACAGGAUUCCCGCAAUUGCAUCAAGCCCACAUAUCCGAGCGAUGUACGACACCAUACACUCAGAAGAAGAACAUCAUCAAGAUGAAGAGCCAUCAUGCCUUGUGUUUGAAUGGAUGAACCAAGACUUGCAUUCCGUGCCACCGCCUGAGUUUCGAAGUAAUCCAAAGCUGCCUAAAGUUGUAUCCAAGGCGGUUCUGUCGGCUCUUGAUGUUUUCAAAACACUGAAUGCCGUUCACACAGAUAUUAGCCCAAACAACAUCUACCUUAGCGACGCCCAUGGCGUUUCUCCGGUGGCUAAGCUGGGGGACUUGGGAAACCACCACACCGAGGCGUGGUGCAUUGCAAAGAUGAUACGUCUCAUGGGCGGCCCCAUAGGCCAACCUAUCGAUAAUGAGACCUACCAGGAUGAGUUUGCGCUUGCGGAACAGCUAGCCAUCAUGGAUCAUCCGAGUGAUGGCACGAACCUCAUCAGUAGAGACUAUUGGCGUAAGGAACUGGAGAAUAUUCCGGACCCCCCUGUCCCACGGGACCUGCUGGACUUUAUCGAAUCUAUACUGGUAAUCGACUCGGAGAAGAGACCUACGGCUGCAGAAGCAUUGAUGCACCCAUACUUGCGGACUGAAGUCUAG